GCACGUCCGCCCGGAAACGUCCGCGGCCGCAGGCGGAGGGUUCCGGGGCUUCUGACAUUCCCUGUUGGCCAAGCAACCCCGCUUGUGCUUUUCUCCCAGAGGAGGGGACUCGGAGAAGCGUGAGCGGCGGCCCCCCGCUGCCCUUGACUUCAUGGGCUUGCCCAGCCUUGCCUGUCCUCUUUAACCAGGAUGGUGUUUAAGGCCUCGCCCUUUUCUGUAGCGCUGGCGUGGAUGCUGCCAUCGCCUGGUCUUUGGAGACCCGUUUGCUUUUUAAUGGCAGCAGCGGCUGUUGGGUGAACAACUGGAGACUUAAGAGUUUGUUUUGACGGGAGGGUUGUUUUUGCUUGGCGCCAUCACUGCUAGAUUGGUCCUUCCUGGCCCUUCCACUGUUGAAGGGAGAAGAUGCCACUGCCAUUUGGAUUGAAAUUGAAACGCACCCGACGCUACACUGUGUCCAGCAAGAGCUGCCUGGUUGCCCGGAUCCAGCUGCUCAAUAAUGAGUUUGUGGAGUUCACUCUGUCUGUGGAGAGCACUGGCCAGGAGAGCCUAGAAGCUGUGGCCCAGCGCCUGGAGCUGAGAGAGGUCGCUUACUUCAGCCUCUGGUACUACAACAAGCAGAAUCAGCGGCGCUGGGUGGAUUUGGAGAAACCCCUGAAGAAGCAGUUGGACAAGCACGCACUGGAGCCCACCGUCUACUUUGGCGUGCUGUUCUAUGUGCCUUCUGUUUCCCAGCUGCAGCAGGAGAUUACCAGGUAUCAGUAUUACCUGCAGCUGAAGAAAGAUAUUCUGGAAGGAAACCUUCCCUGUACAUUAGAACAAGCCAUUCAGCUGGCUGGCUUAGCUGUUCAAGCUGAUUUUGGUGACUUUGAUCAGUAUGAAUCCCAAGAUUUUCUUCAGAAAUUUGCCUUGCUCCCGGUGGCAUGGCUACAGGAUGAAAAAGUGCUGGAAGAAGCAGCCCAGAAAGUGGCCUUGUUGCACCAGAAAUACAGAGGGCUCACAGCUCCUGAGGCAGAGCUGCUGUACAUGCAGGAGGUAGAGAGAAUGGAUGGCUAUGGAGAGGAGAGCUACCCUGCCAAGGACAGCCAAGGAAGUGACAUAUCCAUUGGUGCCUGUCUCGAUGGCAUCUUUGUGAAACACAAGAAUGGAAGGCCUCCUGUGGUGUUCAGGUGGCACGACAUUGCUAACAUGUCACACAACAAGUCCUUUUUUGCACUAGAGCUGGCAAAUAAAGAGGAGACCAUCCAGUUUCAAACUGAAGACAUGGAGACAGCCAAGUACGUGUGGCGGCUGUGUGUGGCACGGCACAAAUUCUACAGACUAAACCAGUGCAACCUACAAACGCAGGCCGCCACGCUGAACUCAGUCAGGAGGGGCUCAUCCUCCAGGAUGUCUCUGCCUAAACCCCAGCCCUAUGCGAUGCCUCCCCCACCCCAGCUGCAUUAUAAUGGACAUUAUACAGAGCCAUUUGCUUCUUCCCAAGACAACAUCUUUGUGCCCAACAAGAAUGGAUUCUACUGUCACUCCCAGACAAGCCUGGACAGAACUCAGAUUGACCUCAGUGGUCGCAUCCGCAACGGCAGCGUCUACAGUGCACACAGUACGAAUUCCUUAAACACACCUCAGCCCUACCUGCAGCCCUCCCCCAUGUCCUCCAACCCGAGUAUCACUGGCAGUGAUGUCAUGAGACCCGACUACAUCCCGUCCCACCGGCACAGUGCGCUCAUUCCCCCGUCUUACCGCCCGACCCCUGACUAUGAGACCGUGAUGAAGCAGCUCAACAGAGGCAUGGUGCACGCAGACCGGCACAGCCAUUCGCUGAGGAACCUCAACAUCGGCAGUUCCUACGCGUACAGCCGGCCCGACGCCUUGGUCUACAGCCAGCCCGAGAUUCGGGAGCACCCACACCUCACCUCUCCCCAGUCAGCCCACUACCCCUUUAACCUGAACUACAGUUUCCACAGCCAGUCUCCGUAUCCCUACCCUGCCGAGAGGCGGCCUGUGGUGGGCGCCGUGAGUGUGCCUGAGCUGACAAAUGUGCAGCUGCAGGCCCAGGACUACCCAGCCCCAAACAUUAUGAGAACCCAGGUUUACCGGCCNCCCCCGCCGUAUCCUUACCCAAGACCUGCCAACAGCACCCCAGACCUGUCCCGCCACCUCUACAUCAGCAGCAGCAAUCCGGAUCUCAUCACCAGGCGCGUCCAUCACUCAGUGCAGACCUUCCAGGAGGACAGCUUGCCCGUGGCUCACUCUCUGCAGGAGGUCAGCGAGCCCCUCACAGCAGCGCGCCAUGCCCACCUACAGAAGAGGAACAGUAUUGAAAUCGCAGGGCUCACACAUGGAUUCGAAGGCCUGAGGCUCAAGGAGAGGACGAUGUCGGCCUCAGCAGCAGAUGUGGCACCCCGGACCUUCUCAGCAGGCUCCCAGUCCAGCGUCUUCUCUGACAAAAUGAAGCAGGAGGGGACUGAAGAGCAGGAGGGUGGCAGAUACAGCCAUAAGAAGUCCCUUUCUGAUGCCACCAUGCUGAUUCAUAGCAGUGAGGAGGACGAGGACUUGGAAGAGGACAGCAGCAGAGAACAGGCCAUCUCAGUUGUGUCUGAGCCCCGCCUUACGGCCGCUUUCUCUCAGGAACAACAACAACUAAACUACCCCUGUGCUUCAGUGACUCCGAUCACUGGGCCUCUGCAUAUUUUUGAGCCCAAGCCCCAUGUCACAGAGCCUGAGAAGAGGGCGAAGGACAUCAGCCCUGUCCACCUGGUUGUGGAGACCCAUCGGCCCCGAAGAGAUGGACUGCUGACCCCCUCCAUGUCCGAGUCAGACCUCACGACCUCAGGGAGAUACCGAGCUAGGAGGGACUCUGUCAAGAAAAGGCCAGUGUCAGACCUCCUCUCUGGGAAAAAGAGCACUGUGGAAGGACUUCCGCCACUAGGGGGAAUGAAAAAGACUCGAGCAGAUGCAAAAAAAAUUGGUCCCCUCAAGCUGGCAGCCCUCAAUGGACUCUCCCUGUCCCGGCUGCCCCUGCCUGAUGAAGGAAAAGAAGUGUCCACCAGAGCGACAAAUGAUGAGAGGUGCAAGGUUCUGGAGCAGCGGUUAGAGCAAGGCAUGGUCUUCACCGAAUAUGAGAGGAUCCUUAAGAAGCGGCUGGUUGAUGGCGAGUGCUCGACAGCCCGGCUCCCUGAAAACGCGGAGAGAAAUCGAUUCCAAGAUGUGCUCCCCUACGAUGACGCGAGAGUCGAGUUGGUGCCAACCAAGGAGAACAACACCGGCUACAUCAACGCGUCACACAUUAAGGUCUCUGUCAGCGGAAUAGAAUGGGAUUAUAUUGCCACACAGGGACCAUUACAAAAUACCUGCCAGGACUUUUGGCAGAUGGUGUGGGAACAGGGAGUCGCAAUUAUAGCAAUGGUGACAGCAGAAGAGGAGGGAGGCCGGGAGAAGAGCUUUAGGUACUGGCCACGGCUUGGUUCCAGGCACAACACUGUCACCUAUGGAAGGUUUAAGAUCACAACGCGCUUCCGCACGGACUCGGGCUGCUAUGCCACCACAGGUUUGAAGAUGAAGCACCUUCUCACAGGGCAGGAGAGAACCGUUUGGCAUCUUCAGUACACAGACUGGCCUGAACACGGCUGUCCAGAAGACCUCAAGGGAUUUUUAUCCUACCUUGAAGAGAUCCAGUCAGUUCGACGUCAUACAAACAGUACAAGUGAGCCCAGAAGCGCCAACCCUCCGCUGCUGGUGCACUGCAGUGCUGGCGUGGGAAGAACUGGGGUCGUCAUUCUCUCAGAGAUCAUGGUUGCCUGUCUGGAACACAAUGAGGUGCUGGACAUCCCCAGAGUGCUGGACAUGCUGAGGCAGCAGAGGAUGAUGCUGGUGCAGACACUUGGCCAGUAUACCUUUGUGUACAGAGUGCUCAUUCAGUUCCUGAAAAGCUCCAGGCUCAUUUAAGCUCCAACACUUUUUUUACGGGGACCCAAUCAUGUGAAGUGUUUACAGCUUUAAAAAAAAAAGAAGGAAAGAAGAAAGCGCAGCUCCUACUUUGUUCCCAGUAGUCCCGCGUAGGGCAGGAGGUCUGUGGGACCCGGCCCAGGCUGAGGAGGCACUGCUGCCCCGGCCACAUCUGCCCAGUUUGCUGCACUUGCACACGGUCUGGAGAUUCUGUCUUACUGAAGCUGCACUGGGCAGUUCUGGCAAUCAUUUAGGCACAGACUUCUAUCUUUUUUUGAUAAUGUAAUUUUAUGACUAAAUAGGGCUUUUUCUUUUUUAGUUAGAAGCUGAGCUUUUACGGUGGAACAUCCACAGAUUGUGUGGUUCUCAAGUGACUAUUUAAAAACCAUUUUAAGCUUUUGUUUAAGAACAAAAAACAUGGGGGAACUAAGUGUUUUAUUCAUGAAGUCCAAAACUAAAGAAAUCUAAAAGUGUUAUUUUGAAACAUAGAAAGCAUUUUUAUAUUCAGAAUGUUUUUUAAAAGUUAUAUAUUUGUACCUUCUAUAUUUUCCAAAUAAGAGCUCAAUUUGUUAUGAUACUGAGUCAGUUAAUGUAAAGUUGGGGAUAAAGGCACAUUAUUUAAAAAUCUAAGAAUCAGAUUCACUAUUUUUUCAGUAUUAUUAAUAAGCAUAAAUUGAGUUUGAUUUUUAUUGACUGAAAAUGAAGAAAGCAAAUGCAUAGGAUGGGUGUAAGCACUUUUUUUGUUGUUAAAAAUGAGUUUAAUAUAUGUGGCUUUACAUUUUAAACAACAGUGGACAUUUUCAAAGAGAAGGGCUCCGAGUACGUAAGAUGACUAGGGGAAGUGUAAGUGCGUGCGGUGCUCACACAGAAGGCGUGGUCGCUACACAAAUGCAGUAUUAUGCCCACACCGAGAGCUGAGAUGGAGUGGAAGUUAAGGGCUGCUCCGCACAGGGAACUCAAGGCCUGCCACCUUCGACGACUGACUGUUUAUCGGGGUUCUUCCUGUCUUUCCCCACAAACAAGCUCAUGUUUACAUUGCCAUCAGAGAACCCCAUAGAGGCUUUGUUUCCUUUAGGUUGAAAGAAGAAAAUGGUUAACGUGAGGUUUCUUUCCCUAAACCACAGCCCAAACUUAUGGGGCCACCAGAAAUUGCUGUGAUGUUCAGGAGGUACUUGAAUUUAGCACCGUAAUCCUGUCCUCCCCCCGGAACAGUUUGAGGUACUUGGCCUCCCUCUUCCAUCCUAUUUGGUUGGGCACAUUCUCUAUUGGUCAGAACUGUGUCAAGUUUGAAGCAGAAAGUGUUCUUGGCCCAGGCUCAGUCUCCUUUGGGAGAUGUGGAGGAUAAGCUGGCAGGCUUAACUGAGGUGUGUCAUGUUGUUCAUGUGUGUCCAUGCCCCUGAAUCCUAGGCUGCCGCUUCACAGAAUAGACCUUCUAGAAUGUCUGAUACAGGACUAGCUCCCAAAUGAUACUGUCCUGCCAUCAUUCUGAUUUGACUGUUUGUGGUGAGCAUCACCCUCCAUGACAAGUGUGUGCCAGCCCAACUAAGCACAGUGGACUCCGGUGGGCAGCACCCCAGGGUGGGGUUGUGUGCUCUAGUUUCCAUCUCCAGCCUGUGACGGACAGGACUUUCUCAAGUUUGCUCCCAAUGGUACGCUGUUUGAAGAUGCUUUCCUGUCACCUGAACAUUUGGAAAUUUCCCACUGACAAGAACAUAUUGUAAAACAAAACUUUAAUUAAAGAGUAAUAU